AUGUUAACAAGGAUUCAAGUAUCACUGAUUUAUGGUAUAUUCAUUUCACUUUACUUAUGCAGUAAAUAUCAUGUAGAAAGUGCAAUUAGGUAUGUUGGUACUGUCCAAAACUUAAGUGUAGAAGCUUUACAAGAUAACAGAUACAUAGAAAGUAAUAAUACAUAUAAAUUCUUGCAACUUAAUAUAUCUUGGUUGCCUCCGAACAGUAACAGACAGCCUGCCUCCUAUAGCAUUAUAGUCACGGGUGUAUCAACAGGAGAAGAAACAGAUAUCUCAGAAUGUCCAGAAGGAUCAAUUUUUUAUACAUCAAACAACUACAAGCAACAUAAUGUCUUGCUACCAGAAAACAAUUCACCGGUUGAUAUGCCUGAUCUGUAUAUCCGGCCCAACUGUUCUUACAAAGUUCAAGUUAUUGCAAAUCCAAGAAAACCUAUGGUAAAUCCAUCUGAAGUCCUCUAUACAGUUCCAGAAUGCAUAGGUUACAAAUGUAGUUGUUCUAAUAUUAAGUCAAAACUACCAAUACCAAAAGUGAAUAUUACUCUACAAGAGGAUCAAGUAAUUGUAAAUUGGAAUACAACUACCGACACUUCUAAUGUUCAUUCUUAUAUAAUUAGUAUCGGUGUGCCGAUCUUAACAUCCAAAAAUGGGCUACCGGUAUAUAAUGUUACAAAACUAGGACAAGUGCCAGCAGAAAAGACCAUGUUUUUGUGGGGCAUGAAAUCCAAGAAUCAAUAUACAGAAAUAAAAGAUGGUUACAAAAUAGCAGUUACUGCUGUAAAUAAUCGUGGUUGCAUUGGAGUAGAAGGAAGAUUUAUUAUACACUCUACAUUAUGGGAGACCUCUAAAACUGUCAAUUACAAUCUAUGGUUCAUACUUAUUGGAAUAGUGGGUGGUUGCAUCUUUCUUGGAAUUCUAAGUCUUUUGUAUUAUAAUAACUGUUUCAGUAUAUUACAUUAUAAUAAUAAUUCUCGAAUCUGCAAAAUCAGCAGAGCUCAGUGGGCAGAAACAAUUCUCCAUAAGCAUAACAUUUUAUACAUUCAACCUAAAUCUGAGGAAGACUAUAAAGAAAAAAUAGAUAAACUACAAGUGUCGUUUAAAAAUAUAAAAUUGAUACAUGAAUUAGGCACUGGACACUUUGGUAAGGUGUAUCUAGGACGUUUAAGUGGCAUAAAGUCUACUCUGGUUGCUGUAAAAAUGUCCCAACAUGUUGGUAUAUCUACUGAAUUGGAGAUACGUCAACAAUUUAUAGAAGAAAUUAAGAUGAUGAGGAUGGCAGGGAAUCAUCCUCAUUUAGUGGGCCUCAUAGGCUAUUGUAUUCAACCGAAGAAACCAAUAUGUAUUCUGCUUGAAUACAUGCAAGGUGGAGAUCUAUUAACUUAUCUGCACGUUAAAAAGAAAACUCAAGCAAGCAAAAUUAUUCAACAUUACGAAAAUACAAGUGUUUUAGGAAACAUACAAUAUGCUCACAAAUACACACAACUUGGACUCAAAUAUGUAAAUAUUCCUAAGGAAGAGGAGACAGAAGAUAAAGAAAAGAAUUGUAACAAUAGAAUUGAAAGAGUUCAAUUUUUGAAAUUCGCUACAGAGAUCGCCAUGGGCAUGGGACAUCUAGAAGCCAAAGGAAUUACCCACAGAGAUUUAGCAGCAAGAAAUAUUCUCCUUGAUGCAAACUUGACUAUUAAGAUUUCCGAUUUUGGGCUUUCGCGCAAUGGUAUAUACGUGAUCAAAAAUAGUGAAGGGAAAGGACAUCGUCUUCCAAUACGAUGGAUGUCACCAGAGGCCAUUCGCGACCUUUCAUUUUCCUCAAAAAGUGACGUAUGGUCCUUUGGGGUAGUGCUUUGGGAAAUCGGCACGUUGGGCUCUUUUCCUUAUUCAAGUGUGCAGGACGAUCGUUUGUUACGUUACAUCGUGUGCGAGAAUGGUCGUUUGGAACAACCAAACGACAUGUCCUCUGACAUUUACAAAAUAAUGUGUUCUUGUUGGGCUACAGAGCCCGACGACAGACCGAAUUUUUUGCAGCUUUUUUCGAAAUUACAAAUUCUAAUUGACCCUCCGAAUACUCUUCGUUCGACAUUUAACCCUUGUUAUGCGCAGUCAUUUUGAAAAAAUAUGUACCGUCAAAUUCUUGGUGUUGUAUAUACAGUUAAAGGGAAGAACGAAAGCGCGCAUUUGGAAAGACGAUAAUACACGUUGAUUUGUACUAACUACCUUAUUACUAAACUUGAAUAAAAUAAAAU